UCUCUCUCCAAGUUAACUAUUUAGUUUUGUUGCAGUUUAAAAGUUGGAGCUCGUAAACCCCCCCAUCUUUCAUUCUGUCUGGGUUCCAAAACAAGAAAAGCAAGUGAAAUAAAACCCCCUCUCUCUCUCUCUCUCAUGGCGGCGGAUCAGAAAGGAGAGGUCGGUUUUUAUUUUGAAGGAGGGAGGUCGUGGCUACCUUCUCAAGUUCUAAACGAGACAUGCGAUGCAAAGGCAAAUUUCAGGCCAUUCCAUAAACACCGUCACUACGCUCAUCGCCGUUUUAGAUUGCCAGCCGAAUCACUUCCACCGAACGCAAAAUCAAGUCCAAGAUCACAUCAGAGACCGAAGAUUGCCCAAAAUUGGGCUUCUGGAGGAACAGGAAUGCAAGCUAUAUUUCUAGAUUCAGGCCAAAAAUCAUGUGGCACUGGGGUUUUCCUUCCACAGAGAGCAGGCACAAACUUCCCUCCAAGCAAGAAGCCUGGUUGUGCUCCCGUACUCCUCCCGUCUCGUGUGGUUCAAGCUCUGAACCUAAACGUGCAUGCAUUGGGCCUACAAGUUUCACCUCGAAAAGAUCCUAAAAGUAACCGAAAAGGUGGAGAUUGUAUUUCAGUAAAAAAUAAAAAGGGCAAGGACGUGCCAUCAUCACCACAAUGCUGCGUCGUUUCACAGAGCCGAAAUUCUUCCCCCGAGUUGUUUCUUCCAAAAGAAUGGACUUAUUAGCUUCUUAAAUGGGAAAGUAAAGCAGUUAAAUACCAUAAAAUCCAGAAACAAAAAAGUCAAUAAUAUUGGUUGUGCUAAAUAUUGAGCUUGAUCAUGUAAUGUAAAUUUGAAUAAUACCAUAAUCGAUCGCUUUUCGUUUGUGCUUUAACUUGUUAUUUAUUUAUUAAUUGAUGCUUGCAUUUGUAAGAUCACCAUGAAG